AUGCUUCCGCUUACUACAUGCCGGUCCCGAUUAUUUGGUAAUUUGCUAUGGAAACCAGCUUUCGCUAAACGUUAUGUACAUGCUCUUGUCAAACAUGAUUUGGGUCACUUGCACACAAAGUCCAAUCAAGAGCUUUUCUUUUUGGAUAAUUUGGUACACUCUCCGUCCAUUUUCCAAAUUCAAAAGUAUGUUUCCAUGCUUUUUCAGGGAAAUCUGCGAAAACAGAUUUAUGAAUCGUUUCCCAAAAACACCGAUCUUAAAUUGAGCGAUGUACUGUUUCGCUGGCAAGACGGGGGCGCAUUUCUAAUUGUCGAUUUGCCUGACAAGCCAACAGAUUUGGAAAGCGUUUCUGAGUUGUUAAAGAAACAAUACGACAAGGAACCUGUAAAAUCUAUACUCCACCCGUUUUCCACCCCGAAACUGCAUGCUGUUCACGGCCAGCCUUGGCUUCAAGACUUGUAUGUUUUGCCUUCUCGAACACUUCGUGUGACUUUUGACGGACCCACUCUUUCUGAAGAAGAACUCUAUUCUGUAUUCCGCGCCUACGGUAAACUCGCGUUUGUAAAGAUUGACGGUGCUAAUACAGCUUCGCUUAAGUAUAACUCAUUACGUGGUGCAACUUCUGCGCUCAAUUGUCUGCAUGGCUACAAAUACAAGCAUACGGGAACUCGAUUCAGUAUUCGAUUUGUGAGCAAAAAGCGUUUCAGUUCUUUUUUCUCGUGGAUUUUCUCUCAUCCUCGUCUUUCAAUUCCUUUAGGAGCUGCUCUUCUGGCUGCUAUAACUGCUUCUUUAUUUGAUCCUAUUCGUCAGUUUUUUGUGGAAGCCAAUAUACGACAUGCUCGGAGGCUACGAGAGUUAAAUCCGCUUUCUUGGCUUAAAAAGAAUUCAUUGGAUUUUGUAAUUCAUCCAUUUCAAAGUAACAAGCCUGCAGCAGGCACGUCGCCGUUGUGGAGAACACGAGAGCGUGACCGUAAUCAGCUUGAAGAAUGGCUUAACGAGACUUUCCAUUCGUUCAUUGUUAUUCAAGGACCAAGGGGCAGUGGUAAACGUGAAUUGAUUGACAAAGUUCUUGAGACAAGAGAUAAUGUACUUAUAUUAGACUGUGAUAAGCUGUUUGCUCCUUCCAACAGAGCAGUAUUUGUCAACGUGCUUGCCAGUCAGGUUGGCUAUUUCCCGCUAUUUAACAAGCUCAACUCACUUUCUUCAUUUGUUGAUGUUGCGGCCCAAGGUCUAAUUGGGCAAAAGAUUGGCUUCUCUUCUAGUGUUGAAGCUCAAGCUACCAGAAUACUGGGUACCGUUCAAAACGUGUUACGCUCAAUUGCACUUUCCAAACGGAGCAAAGAUCGUGACGCAGACUUGGAUGAGACGGAAUACUUGGAUGUUCACACGGAGAAACUACCUAUUGUGGUGUUUGAUAAUUUCCAAUUACGUAAACUAACAGAUCCUCUGCAACGUCUUGUUGCCUCAUGGGCGGGCUCGUUAGUGCGCGACAGAGUUGCCCGUGUGGUUAUGCUUACACCAGACAUUGGAGGUGCCAAGUCACUGGAACAGUUUGUCGAUGGACGUGAAAAUAAGUCACUGCUUUUCGGUGAUUCGGAUCCAGCUCUUGCUAAGUCAUACGUGCUUUAUUCCCUUCCAGAGAGACUACGGACCAAAGAGGUGGAGAAACGUUUAGAACAGCUCCUUCCCAGAGUGGGUGGACGUCUGCGUGACUUGGAUCUUUUGGUUAGAAGACUGAUUUUAAGCAAAGCCGAUGUAGAUGAUGCUGUUAAUAGCAUUGUUAACCAAAAUGCAUCCGAUAUUCUUCAAACAUUCUUGCGCCCACCGUCUUCUUCAUUAGGCAAUGGAACUUCUGCAUACUCACCUGAGCAAGCUUGGACCGUCAUUCAAACAUUGGCUAACAACGGACGCAUUUCGUAUCAUAAGUUGAUGACGGAUCCUAUUUUUGCAAAUAAUGAGGAAAUUCUACGAUCUCUUGAGGAAUCCGAUCUUAUAAUAAUUACCACGAAAAAUGCAAGGCCUGAAACGGUUCUUCCGGGAAAGCCGGUUUACGUAUCUGCUUUCCAUCAAUUGCUUUCGGAUCCCGUUACUAAAACAACCAUGGAAAGUCUUCGUUUAACAGCUCUGAUAAAGCACUGGACCAAAACGCUGCAAAAUUCGGAAGAUGAAUUAAAAUCCUUGGCAGAUGUUUACGUUGGAGAAGGAAUUAAAACCCGUGCGCAGUACCUUAAUCAGAAAAUUCUCAAGUGUCAAACUAAUAUUGAGAUGCUAGAGAAAAAACUUGUCGCGGAAGUUGCGCGUUUAGCUGAUGAUAAGUUAUGA